GCCGCGGGGAAAUGGUUGAUUCACGAGAUUAAUCUCCACCAUGAGGCAGAUGGGUUGGUGGCGGCGGCGUUGCAUCCGGGUUGGGUAAAGACUGGGGCGGGGGGCGUUGUUGUGAGGGAGUGGGUGUAUCUUCCUGGGGCGCCGGAAACGAUGAACAAUAGUGUAGGGGGG